AUGCCGCUGUCUCGAUCUUUGUCCAUGACGUCGUUGAGUGGCGUCCUGCCGGCGUGGGAUGAGGAUGACUUGCCUGUGGAGGACCUGCUACUCUUUGAGGUGGCCUGGGAAGUCACCAACAAAGUCGGAGGAAUCUACACGGUGAUCCAAACCAAGGCUAAGAUCACUGUGGAUGAAUGGGGGGAGAACUACUUCAUGCUGGGGCCGUACUUUGAACACAACUUUAAGACGCAGGUGGAAGCUUGCGAGCCACCCUUUCCUCCCAUCAGGAAAGCAAUGGAUGACCUGAUCCAAAAUGGCUGCCAGGUUUAUUUCGGCCGCUGGUUAAUCGAGGGCAGUCCUUAUGUGAUUCUUUUUGAUAUCGGUUCUGCCGCUUGGAACUUGGACCGCUGGAAGGGAGACUUUUGGCAGAGCUGCAACAUUGGCCUGCCUUAUCAAGACAGGGAAGCUAAUGACGCUCUCAUCUUAGGCUCCCUCAUCGCCUGGUUCUUCAAAAAGUUAACGGAGCAGCUUGGAGAUAAACCCGACGUGGUGGCUCAUUUCCAUGAGUGGCAGGCCGGACCGGGGCUGAUUUUGUGUUGCAAUCGUAAUAUCCCCAUGGCGACGGUGUUCACCACGCAUGCCACUCUACUGGGACGAUACCUCUGCGCGGGGAACGUUGAUUUCUACAAUAACUUAGAUAAGUUCAACCUUGACAAGGAGGCAGGCGAGCGUCAGAUCUACCAUCGUUACUGCUUGGAACGAGCCGCCGUCCAUUGUUCUCACGUCUUCACAACAGUCUCACAGAUCACCGCCGUGGAGGCCAAUCACAUUCUACACCGAAAACCGGAUGUGGUGACUCCGAACGGUCUGAAUGUCAAAAAGUUCUCUGCCAUGCACGAGUUUCAGAACCUGCACUCCAUCAGCAAGGCUCGCAUCCAAGAAUUUGUCAGGGGACACUUUUAUGGACAUUUGGACUUCAACCUGGAUAAAACGCUAUUCUUCUUCAUUGCCGGGCGCUACGAGUUCUCCAACAAAGGAGCAGACCUUUUUCUUGAAUCGCUAUCCAGGCUCAACUACCUCCUUAAGCUCCACAGGAAUGAUGUGACAGUGGUCGUUUUCUUUAUAAUGCCAGCUAAAACCAACAAUUUCAACGUAGAGUCCUUGAAGGGGCAAGCGAUACGCAAACAACUCUGGGAUACGGCGCACGCUGUGAAAGAGAAGUUUGGGAAACGGCUGUAUGAUGCGCUAUUAAUGGGCAAGAUCCCUGAUAUGGACUCCAUCCUGGACCGAGAUGACUUCACUAUAAUGAAGAGAGCCAUCUACGCCACUCAGAGGCACAGCCUCCCUCCGGUGACAACCCACAACAUGCUGGAUGACUCGACAGAUCCCAUCUUAGCAAACAUCAGACGGAUCGGUCUCUUCAAUUCCAGGAAUGACCGUGUUAAGGUAAUCUUCCAUCCUGAAUUCCUAUCAUCCACAAGUCCUCUGCUACCAAUGGACUACGAAGAGUUUGUUCGAGGUUGUAACCUUGGAGUAUUCCCCUCCUACUAUGAACCUUGGGGGUACACACCCGGUGAAUGCACUGUUAUGGGCAUUCCCAGUGUGACCACUAAUCUUUCUGGUUUUGGGUGCUUCAUGGAGGAACAUGUAUCAGACCCCGCUGCCUAUGGUAUUUACAUCGUGGACCGGCGGUUCCGUUCUGCGGAUGAGUCAUGUAACCAGCUGACUCAGUUCAUGUUCAAUUUUUGCCAACAGUCACGGCGUCAGCGCAUCAUCCAGCGAAAUAGAGCGGAGAGGUUGUCCGAUUUGUUGGACUGGAGAUACCUGGGACGGUUCUACAUUCAUGCACGCCUCCUUGCGCUCAGUCGAGCUUUCCCUGACAAGUUUAAAGUGGACCCCAUGGCACCUCUGAAGACGGAGGGUUUUCGCUAUCCCCGACCUUACUCGGUGCCUCCCUCUCCUUCAGUUUCUGUCCACUCCACACCACACCACAGUGAUGUGGAAGAUGAAGACGACGACGAACCGUAUGAUGAAGACGAAGAGGCCGAAAAGGACCGUCUGAAUAUAAAAGCUCCCUUCGUCCUAGGCGCUACGCCAAGAGGCACGAAGAAACAGUCAGGAUAA